AUGAAUGAUGAAGCCUCGGAUACCGCCCCCAGCGAUGAGGUUGCGCUUGGGGGAAGACUGACACAACCCCUAGCAGAGGCAAGCGGAGCAAGUGGCGCUCCUCUGCGAAACGGAACCACAAGGCCAGGCGUCUCAACUAGGAUUACAAGAGGAAACAGCUUGGAUGUGUUAAGUCAAAGUUCAUCAGAACUCGCACAAGACAAUCCCGCUCCACCUCAAGCACGAAGGCAGCAUUGGACAAGAGCAAUGAAUACAAGUCUAAUAAAUGCAUAUUACGAAGCUACAGAGGGAGGGACUCAAACAAAGAAAUACGCAGCAAAAUUAGUGGAACUCUGGACGAAAACCUACCCAGACAAGCAGUUCACCGGAAAGCACCUAAUCGCGCAGAUAAAGAAUAUUAAAUCGAGAAAACUACUCUCUCCAGAUGAACUCGAGGCGAUGAAGGCAGACUCAGUGAGAAAAUCCCCAACUCAAACAAUUAACAACAUACGGAGAAGCAUCCAACGAAGAAGUUUACAACCACAACAGGAAAGAAGUCCACAACCACAACGAGAAAGAAGUCCACAAUCACAACACGAGAUAAUCUCACAGCCACAACAAGAAGUAACUAAGGAUGACGAGGCAACUUUAGGAAUACAUGCGCUGUUUCAGGAAAUCAACAUUCAAUGGGAAGGAGUAGAGAUAACCAGCAAACCGAAAAUCUCUAAACUGAAUACCAAUAAAGAGACCUCUGCAAUGAUGAAAACCAUUGAUGAGACCCUUGAUGAAACGUUUAACAACUCAACAAGCCUAGAAGAACUGUGCCACAAGGUAUACUGUGCCGCCAUCAUGGCAAAUACAAUUCAACACACCAAGACCACAAAUCCAAACCAUCAACAACAAAAAAGACCACCUUGGGAAGAAAGGAUUGAGAGGAAAAUCGCAAAACACAGACAAGUAAUAGGAGUCAUACACAGUUACUUGAACACCGACAAACCAUCCAAGAAACUAGCAAAGAAAGCCCAGAGCUACGCAAAAAGGAAGAAACUGAAAAAGGAUGACAAAGAACACCUGAGAAUGCACAUGGAAACCAUGAAACAGAAAAUUGCGGCACUGGGGAGCAGAAUGCGAAGAUACCAUAAGAGAACACGGAAACACCGAGAAAAUAACCUUUUCUCGAACAACCAAAAAGAGUUCUUCAAGAGAUUAGAAGAGGGUCACAAAAAUCAGAGAGAGGCACCCCCAAACCCUGCCGAGAUGCAGAAGUACUGGUCGAACAUCUGGUCCAAAAACGAGGUACACAACAAGGAAGCCUCGUGGAUCAAAACCAUAACUGAAGAACAAGCCGGUCUGGAUGAAAUGGCCCCAAUAACAAUCACUGCUGAUAACGUGAGUAACACUAUCCGGAGAAUGAAGAAUUGGACCACCCCGGGUAUCGACCACAUACAUAAUUAUUGGUGGAAGACUCACAAAUCAACGCACGGAGUACUGGCUCGCCUCUUCCAGGAAUCACUAAAAAAUCCAGGCAAAAUACCCAAAUACUUCACGCACGGAACUACUAGCAUGCUUCCCAAAAACGAAGAAUUGUCUGAUCCGAAGAACUACAGACCUAUCACAUGCCUCCCAUCUGCAUACAAAAUUCUGACGUCAACAAUAGGAUUCAAAGUAAUGACACAUCUAAAAGACAAAAAACUACUAGCUUGGGAACAAAAUGGCUGCAACAAAAAAGGUAGAGGAGCUAAAGAACUUCUGGUGAUUGAUAACACGAUCACUAAACAAGCAAAGAAAAAACUGAAAAACGUAUCCAUGGCUUGGAUAGACUACCAAAAGGCGUUUGACUCCAUCCCACAUUCCUGGCUGUUAGAGGUGCUCCAUAUAUACAAAGUUAACCAACAAGUGAUUCAACUCCUGAAAUGUCUAAUGUCAACCUGGCGCACAACGCUGACAGUCAAACACAAAACAAUAUCCUAUCAAACAGAGAUGAUCAAGAUAACCAGAGGAAUUUUCCAGGGUGACGGCUUCAGCAGCCCGUGGUUCUGUGUGGCCUUGAACCCACUAAGCAGUAUGAUCAAUAGAUCAGCGUACGGAUACGCGAUAGACCAACACACCACACUCUCGCAUCUGUUUUAUGUGGAUGACUUGAAGCUCUACGCUAGAGGUCGCAAGCAAUUAGAAGGACAAUUAGAACUGGUAAGGAAGUUCAGUGGAGAUGUUGGAAUGUCAUUGGGGCUAGAGAAAUGUGCAACCGUUGAAAUAAAAAGAGGGAAACUGGCACGACAGCAAAACAUCCAACUAGUAGAUGGUCGAGAAAUAAAAAGCCUGGCAAUUGAAGAAAGCUACAAAUAUCUAGGCAUCCAUCAAACCUACGAAAUAAAGCAGCAAGAGAACAAACGGAACGCUGAAAAUGAACUCACCAGAAGGAUGCGAAAGUUGCUUGGAACGGAGCUGUCAGCGAAAAACAUAAUAACAGCAAUCAACAUGUGGGCAAUACCAGCGUUCACUUACUCUGCAGGUGUCUUGACAUGGUCAAAAACGGACCUAGAAAAAAUAGACAGAAAAAUUCGGACAACUCUGACCCAACACGGCCUACUUCACCCGAACUCUGCUGUAGAGAGAAUAUACUUACCACGAAGAGAAGGAGGACGAGGUCUAAGUAAUCUGAAGGAAGCCUGCCGAAAAGAAGAGGAAAAUAUUAGAGACUUCUUUCUAAAAAAAAAUCACCCAAUACACCAAUGGGUCGCUACUCACCUCCGAACAUCCAACACUGCUGAAAGAUCACUCAUAGAAGAACCUGAAAGACAAAACAAGUUAGAAGAACUGAAACAGAGCUGGAAAUCUAAAUCAUUACACGGUAGAUUCUAUGCUAGCCUACAACAAGAAGAAGUGGACAAAACAAAAACUCAUACUUACCUCAUGCAAGGAUACCUGUACCCUCAAACUGAGGGAACACUAAUGGCUAUACAGGACCAGGUUAUACCAACUAGGACAUACGUUAAGCACAUCAUGCAACAGCAGAUAGAGUCCACUAAAUGCCGACUGUGCAACAAUGCUGAAGAGACAAUCCAGCACCUAUCGUCAGGGUGCUCUCAGAUCGCUGGAACGAAAUACCUGGCCCGGCAUAACGAGAUGGGGAAAGUAGUCCACCAGCUGAUAUGCCUUCAAGAAGGACUCCUCCGAUGCUUCACCCCACAUCAUUUGUAUACUCCACAAGCGCUACUAGAAAAUGAUAACAUCAAGAUUUACUGGGACCUAACUAUAGUCACUGACCGAGGAGUGGAGCACAAUAGGCCUGAUAUGGUGGUGUGGAACAAAACCGAAACAACUGCUCUGAUAAUUGAUUUUGCCGUGCCUCUAGACAAUAACAUAGCGAAAGCAUAUGGCGAAAAAAUGACGAAAUACGAAAGCCUUGCACGGCAAAUGAGAGACAUGUGGAAACUAAGAUCUGUCAGAAUAAUACCACUAAUCAUAACCGCCAAUGGACUGGUUCACCGGAAGACUGCUGCACACAUCGAAGAACUGAAGCUGCCAUCAAACACCUUAACGUGGAUGCAAAAAGCCGUAAUACUGGGAACAGUGGGCAUAAUCCGGCAAAUCAUAUAUCCCUACUAA